GUACAUUUCAUAAAGAGAAGACAAACAAAGCACAUUACUCUUCUUCGAAGCCUGCAAAUCAAUCGAAGAGCCAAAAGCAACUCUCUCUCUUUCUCUAACGCUUCUUUCUCUCUUUAGUUCUGAUUAGUUUUAUUGGCUCUUUGGCGAGCUUGCAGUGCAGAUCUGCUUGUUUUGUUUUGGGAGAUUUUUAUUUGGCAGCUCCUGAUUUUUAACCAAUUUCUGCACCAAGAGAGAGACGAGACAUAAAUUUCAUAGCCUCUCCUGUGAGAGGCAUAAGUUUGUGCUUCUAUUUGAUCUUUCUGAAUUCAAUUAGAGGACAAGUUUAAAUUAUUGUAAAGACAUGACUGUCAGAACCCCAGGAACACCUGCAUCUAAGUUUGACAGGACACCAGCAACGACUCCUGGAGGCCCCAAAGCAAAGGAAGAGAAAAUUGUUGUUACUGUCCGAUUAAGACCUCUAAACAAAAAAGAGCAGUUAGCCAAAGACCAAGUAGCAUGGGAAUGUGUCGAUGAUCACACCAUUGUAUUCAAGCCACCAACUCAGGAACGUACAGCUCAAUCGAACCCUUUUACAUUUGAUAAAGUUUUUGGCCCCACUUGUUUAACUGAAACUGUAUAUGAGGAUGGAGUAAAGACUGUUGCUUUGUCUGCAUUGAUGGGUAUUAACGCAACCAUAUUUGCAUACGGGCAAACUAGCAGUGGGAAGACAUAUACUAUGAGAGGAAUAACUGAGAAAGCUGUUAAUGACAUCUAUAAGCAUAUAAUGAACACCCCAGAGAGAGAUUUUACAAUUAAGAUUUCUGGACUGGAAAUUUAUAAUGAAAAUGUUAGGGACCUGCUUAAUUCAGAAUCUGGUCGAAAUCUCAAGCUUCUAGAUGAUCCAGAGAAAGGUACCGUGGUUGAGAAGUUGGUAGAAGAAACAGCAAGUAAUGAUCAGCAUUUAAGGCAUCUGAUCGGUAUUUGUGAAGCCCAAAGGCAAGUUGGUGAAACUGCCCUUAAUGAUACCAGCUCACGAUCACACCAAAUUAUAAGGCUGACAAUAGAAAGUACUCUCCGCGAAAAUUCAGAUUGUGUGAGAUCUUUCGUUGCAAGCCUGAAUUUUGUAGACCUCGCUGGAAGUGAAAGAGCCUCACAGACACAUGCAGACGGAGCCAGGCUUAGAGAAGGUUGCCACAUUAAUCUUAGUUUGAUGACUCUGACAACAGUGAUUAGAAAGCUCAGUGUUGGGAAAAGAAGUGGUCAUAUACCAUACCGGGACUCGAAGCUUACUCGCAUAUUGCAGCAUUCACUUGGUGGAAAUGCCCGUACUGCUAUCAUAUGUACCUUAAGUCCAGCGCUCAGCCAUGUUGAACAAUCUAGAAACACCCUCUUCUUUGCCACACGAGCAAAAGAAGUCACUAACAAUGCCCAUGUCAACAUGGUUGUAUCAGACAAGCAACUGGUAAAACAUCUACAGAAGGAAGUAGCCAGGCUGGAAGCAGAGCUGCGCACUCCUGAACCUUCAAAGGAGAAAGACUUGAUAAUCCAACAGAUGGAGAUGGAAAUUGAAGAACUGAGACGUCAGAGAGAUCAGGCACAAUCUCAAGUGGAUGAGUUGCGGAGAAAACUUCAAGAGGACCAAGAGGCUUUGAGCGCAUCAGAAUCACCGCGUCCAUCAGUGAAGAAGUGUCUCUCCUAUUCUGAUGCAUUGUUGCCAAAACUUGACAACAAAGAGUUAAGCCGUGGUGAUAGAACAAGAAAAACUAUGCUAAGGCAGUCUAUGAGACAAUCAUCGGCUGCACCUUUUACUCUAAUGCAUGAAAUCCGCAAACUUGAACAUCUUCAGGAGCAACUUGGAGAAGAAGCUAAUAGAGCUUUAGAAGUUCUGCAAAAGGAGGUUGCUUGUCAUAGACUAGGUAACCAAGAUGCAGCAGAGACAAUUGCUAAACUGCAAGCAGAAAUAAGAGAAAUGCGUUCUGUUCCACCAGUCCCCAAAGAAGUAGAAAUUGGAAGUGUUGUAGCCCCUAACAAAAGUGUUAGUGCCAACCUCAAAGACGAGAUAACAAGACUUCAUUCACAGGGCAGUACUAUUGCAGAUCUUGAAGAGCAAUUGGAAAAUGUGCAGAAGUCCAUAGACAAAUUGGUAAUGUCUCUUCCAAGCAAUAAUUCACAAUCAACCGGUGAAGUAACAUCCAAAGCUAAAAAUCAACAGAAGAAGAAAAAGAUACUUCCAUUGGCUUCAAGUAAUGGUGCCAAUAGGCAAAACUUUAUAAGAUCUCCCUGCUCACCUCUAUCAACCUCCAAGCAAAUUUUGGAAAACGACAUUGAAAAUCGAGCACCAGAAAAUGAAGACAUUGUUUCCUGUGAGACCCUACCAGAGUAUGAGAAAGAGACUCCUACAAAGAGUGAAGAAGGUGGAGAUGUCUCAUCGAAGGAAGGCACUCCAGGCUACCGACGUUCUAGUUCAGUUAAUAUGAAGAAAAUGCAAAAGAUGUUUCAAAAUGCGGCCGAGGAGAAUGUAAGAAGCAUAAGAGCAUAUGUAACUGAACUGAAAGAACGUGUUGCCAAAUUGCAAUACCAAAAGCAGCUGCUUGUUUGCCAGGUUCUUGAGCUGGAAGCAAAUGAAGCAGCUGGGUACAAUAUUGAAGAUGAGGAGAACAUAAAUGAGCCAGCAGAGCCUCAAGUUUCCUGGCAAGUAACUUUCAGGGAGCAGAGGCAGCAGAUCAUUGAAUUAUGGGAUGUGUGCUAUGUAUCCAUCAUCCAUAGGACACAGUUUUACUUGCUGUUCAAAGGGGAUCCUGCUGAUCAGAUAUACAUGGAAGUUGAGCUUAGGCGCUUGACUUGGUUGCAGGACCAUUUGGCAGAAAUUGGCAAUACAAGUCCAGCUCGCGCUGGUGAUGAGCCUACAAUAUCUCUAUCAUCAUGUAUUAGAGCAUUGAGACGUGAAAGGGAGUUCCUAGCAAAAAGGUUAACCUCACGUUUAACUGUGGAAGAGAGAGAUGCACUGUACAUGAAAUGGGAUGUUCCACUUGAGGGAAAGCAGAGGAAGCUGCAGUUUGUGAACAAACUAUGGACAAAUCCUAAUGAUGCAAGGCAUGUACAAGAGAGUGCUGAGAUAGUGGCAAAGCUUGUAGGUUUUUGUGAGGGAGGCAAUAUGUCAAAGGAGAUGUUUGAGCUCAAUUUUGCACUACCAACAGAUAAGAGACCAUGGAUUAUGGGAUGGAACCCAAUUUCAAACCUUCUACAUUUGUAAGAACUACAUGCCAUUAUUUGUUUGUAAGUAGUUGUUCGUUUUCCUAUUUCUGUACAUGUAAAUGAAUUUUUGGAGUUUUCUCUCCAAGCAUUCUAAUUUAUAUUUCUUUCGGUUAAGUUGUGGUGUGACCGAUUGUGCACACUCUGCAUGAAGAGAAGAUGGUUCUAGACUUUGGAUAGUAUCUUCACAUUUCAAUAAUAGGGUUUUUCCUUUAUAAA